CCCUCCUCCUCUUCCUCCAGUCUUGCGAGAAACGACAAGAAACUAACGAGCGUUAAGUUUGCCCUGAUAGCCGGGAAACUACCGAGAGUAGCAACCCUACACCGGCCCCAGACGACCCCCGGGCCCCCGUCGGUUUCCCUCGGAGGGCUGUCAUCGAAGAAACGCCGGAGAAAUGGCUACAAAAGGAGGAAGAAGUGGUCACAUUGUCGCGAUGCUGGUGGAUAUUCGUAGCUGAGGAUCUGCCAGAAGCACAACUUUACCUCAAAAUGAGCUCUGCCCUCCAUCAUAGUUUGUCAGUCUUUACCUACGUUGACACUAUAUUGUGUCUGAGUAACAGUGAGCCAAUAAGGUGCAACUCCAGAUCUCUGAUCAUACUCUUGUGAUGAUAGACAGGCUGCCCUUCCCAUAUCCUGUUCCUAUUGUCUGCAACAAGGACAGGUCUUUCUAUUCAGAACCUGUCCUCCUGAUCCCUCCUCCCUCCCUUUGAGUUUCUGGGCCAUGCUCCGCAAGAGAGGCUCUCUCAUUAUUUGUGGUACGUUCCUGUUUAUCACCUGGAACGCCAUACUGGUGCUUCUGCUGUGGGGCAGACCCCCGCCUGGCCAGCCGGGCGAGCCUGGCAGGGAGCACAGCGAACAGGCUGGAAGUCAGAGUAAUGAUGUGGUGGGAGAUGUGCUCCGCAUGGCAGACACGUUUGAAGUAGAGCUUGAAAGGCAAAAACAAAUCCUGCUGCAGAUCCAGAAUCAUCAGUCACUGUGGGAGCCAUCCAACAGAAACGGAGACAUCCCCCAUCAGCCUGUCAUUCCUAUCCUGGUUAUCGCCUGUAAUAGGGUCACCGUGAGGCGCUGCUUGGACAAACUCCUGCAGCACCGUCCUUCAGCAGAGCUUUAUCCAAUUUUAGUGAGUCAGGACUGUGGACAUGCUGAGACAGCGGAAGUGAUUCGUUCUUAUGGAAAUCAAGUAACUCACCUUAAACAGCCGGACUUGUCAGAUAUCGCAGUGCCACCAGCCCACAAGAAGUUUCAGGGUUACUACAAAAUCUCCAGGCAUUACCGCUGGGCUCUCAACCAAGUGUUCAAAACCCUGUCUCACUCCUCUGUUGUGAUUGUAGAGGAUGACCUGGAGGUGGCACCAGACUUCUUUGAGUACUUCCGAUCCUUGCUGCCACUUCUGAAAUCUGACCCUAGUCUGUGGUGUGCAUCAGCCUGGAAUGACAAUGGCAGAGAUGGCUACGUGGAUCCGGGGAAGGCAAACCUGCUCUACCGGACAGACUUCUUCCCUGGGCUCGGGUGGAUGCUCCUUAAAGAAGUGUGGGAGGAGCUAGAGCCUAAGUGGCCUGCUUCUUUCUGGGACGACUGGAUGCGUCAGCCAGAGCAGCGCCGUAACCGUGCCUGCAUCCGCCCAGAGAUCUCACGUACUAUAACCUUUGGGCGACAAGGCGUGAGUCUGGGUCAAUUUUUUGACAAAUACCUGAGAUACAUUAAACUGAAUACCGAAUUUGUGCCUUUUACCAAGUUAGACUUGAGUUACUUGAAGGAGGAGACGUACAGAGAGAAGUUUGAGAAGGAAGUUUAUAGCGCUCCUGUGGUUACAUAUGAAGAUGUCAAGCAGGGGCAGCUAAAAGGAACAGGGCCCUUUCGCCUUCAGUACUCUACCAAGGACAGUUUCAAAGUGAUGGCCAAAAACCUGGGGAUAAUGGAUGACUUGAAAUCUGGAGUCCCAAGAGCAGGAUACAGAGGGGUUGUCAGUUUCAUCUCAAGAGGAAAGAGAGUCUUCUUAGCCCCUCCUCCAGGAUGGACCCAGUAUGAUACCACCUGGAGCUGAUGAUCCAGAAAAAAUCCUCUUUGUCGUUGCCUUUUUGUGAUCUCUAAAAGGCCGUAUGGGAGAACAUUCCAGACCAAAGACUGAUGUCUAUAAAGUUUUUCUUUCAAUGAUAUGUAUGUGAGUUAAUUGUCCCCAAUAAUACAGAAUGGAUUGUCCCUCUUUCUGGUGUAGGGCUUUUGCCAAUGCCACUCAGGUCUUUUUUCAUUAUUCCAAAAUGCAUUUCUUACAGUGUAGCCUAAACAGUUUGUCAGACAAAACUGCUGUAAUUCACCAGAGAUCUAUUUUUAUACGAUGCUGAUUGUGCACAUGACAUUCAUCAAUGCAUUCAAUGCAAUUUACCAGGUUUGUUUGAAUUAUUUUCAAUUUCUGGUAUUUAUGUCCAGUACAAGUAUGAAAACAUAAUCUGUGGUACGGUUGCUCAUGGUGGUGGUCACUGGUCAUAGAUGCAGUAUAAUACGUCAGUUGUUACUCAUUGUUUGUGUCCUCUAUGAAAAUCAGUUCUUCCUGAACACACUUUAAUGUCAAAUACUUUUGAUUCUUGAUGAUUCUUCAAUAUAGUACUACUUGGUUGUCACCUUGCAAAUUACAUUGUGUGUGUUUAUAUAUUUUUGGAAUAAAAAACAAUAUACAAUCCA